UUAAUUCCGUGUUCAGUCUGUCAUCGCUUUCGUUCACUGUACUCGCUCAUUAGCGGGUUCUGUGACUGUUAAUUAUCGUUAUCUUCAAAGGCCGGCACCUAAAUGGAUAUUUGUAAUUGUUAUUGACACUACAUAGCUUUACCGUGUCGUUAUAUCGCGUUGUGUUUAUCAGUGAUAAAACUGUGAUACAGAAACGCAUACCGUGUUCAGAUUGAAGUGCUCCUUUCUAAAAAUGUGUACGUGAAAAACAUGAAUUUAAGGAAUAGAAAUGAAUUACAGAACUUGUGUGUUGUACCUCAAGCGUUUAGUUUUAAACAAGUUCAUUGUAUUUAUGAUAUUUUUUAGUAUUUUCGUAAUCAUCUACGAAAGCACUUUAUACAAAGACGCAAUUAAUUUAAGCCAAACUAAAGAAAAUUCAAAUUUGGAAAAUAUAAGCCCCUUCGAUGAAAUUAAGUUUCAUAAGGAGAUUGUUAAUUCGUAUUAUAAUAAAAGACAGGAAUGGAGAACAUCGAAUUUAGGAACGAUUUUAUUCAAGAAUGCUAACAUUAAUAAAUACAUAAGAAAGGAUAACGAAAAUAAAACAUUCACAGUUGUGAUUUGGAAAUACUGGAACUGGUUACAACAUCGUCACAUGUAUAGCUUUGGAGCAUCACAGAAAGAUAUCUCAUUAGAAGGGUGCAGUGUCAAGAAUUGUGUAUUUCCUAAGAACGAUCAAGGCUUUGAUACGGCAGAUGCUGUAGUUGUACAUGUACAACACGGAUUAUUUCCAAAUAACACAAAGAAACGAAACCCACACCAAAGAUGGAUAUUUCUUAGCGAUGAAUCACCGGUAAACGCUUUCUUUCAAUCAGAGCGACGGAUAAACCUAGAAGAUCUAGCGUAUAUGUUUAACUGGUCAAUGACAUAUAGAUCAGAAUCCGAUGUGCCAGUACCAUACGGAAGAACUGUACCAUUACCAGAACCAAUCAUAGAAACAGCCGAAAAACCAAUAACUGAUCUUAUACCUAACUGGAGGAAGAAACGUCAAGAUGUUUUAGCGGCAAUUUUAAUAUCACAUUGUGGGGUUUCAUAUAGGAUAGAAUUUGUGAAUGAAUUAAAGAGACAUCUCAGCCUCGACGUGCAUGGAUCUUGUUCAGAAAACCAUAAGAAUAGCUGUCCGGGACAUUUUCGAGCAGAUUGUCCAGUCAUAUCUGAAUAUUUAUUUUACUUAGUAUUUGAAAAUUCUAAAUGCCAAGAAUAUUUGACAGAGAAAUCAUUUUAUCACGCAUAUUCUAAAGGUGCUAUUCCAGUGAUAAUGGGUCCUACGGUAGAAGAAUGUGAAAAACUUUUGCCUCCGGAUUCUUUUCUACAUGUUGAUAACUAUGACACGGUCGAGGAGCUUGCGAUGGAAAUUAUCAAUAUCAGCAAAGACAUGCCAAGACUACUUCUGUAUCACGAAUGGCGCAGACACUUUCAAGUUCUCAACGAACACGGAUAUUUUGGUUCUAAAUCUCAACAUUAUUGCAGAAUCUGUGAAGCGUUAAAUUAUAAUGAUCAAGACGUCAAAAUUUAUGACGAAGAUAUGCUAAGACCAUUUUUUGAUAAAUCAUCGGCAUGUAGAUAGAAUUUAUUAUUUAUUCCCAUUUCAAAUGGUUUCUUG